AUGGCCACCGCCUUCAGUCCUGAGUGUACAACGAAGGGCAACUGUGAGCAGUGCAAAGCGAUGCUUAAGCCGCCAGCUCGUCCAGGAGAUCCAGCAAUGUUCCUCCUGAGUACGUUCUCCGUUAUCACUGCGGGAUUUCGGGCCCGUCUUCUUUUCGUGCGUCCCGAAAGUUCAAGAGCUGCCGUUCUUGAACGCUUUGUCGUGCGUGCAGAAGCAUGCACACUAGUCUUGGCUAAUUGGGCCGCGGACCUCUCCAUGAUGUGGCGAUGUCUUGUGGUCUAUAGUACAGCGGAUCCGUCUAUUCAGACGAAAUUGACCCUCUUUCUUGCGCUGCUUUCCUUGUUAUCUCUCGGGAGCGGGAUUUCCUAUAUCAUCUCAGCAUUUCGGGUGUUCAACGUGUUCAUGAUAGCCUUCAGCUUCAUAACGGCGACGAUCAACAUCAUAAUCACUAUUCUGAUUAUCGCCCGCCUGUCAUAUCACCAGAGGUACAUCCGGAAAACCCUUGGGGAGCGCCACAGUUCCCCUUAUAGCCGACUCCAGUACAUACUGACCGAAUCCACCAUGUCAAUCGUUGUUUUCAACGUCGCUCACGGUGUCGUUGCCUGGAAGCAGAAGGACAAAUACGUUUUGGUUCUGCCUCAUCAACUCCUGGUCCAUAUCUAUGUGAUCUCGGCUCUCCUUGUUCUCUACCGUGCGUCCCAGCGAAAGAAAAGCCUCGACACUCAGGGUCAAACCUCAAUCCAGUUCUCAAGGUCUUUCAUGCUUUCCGAUCUUCUAGAAGAGCAUGCAGAGCGCGAGAACACAAGAGAAUCUUCCCCUCUUCAAGUCGAUCCAAACUGCACCGAACACAGACAGCCAAACGAAGACUCGAGCAACAGUUCAAUCCGCCGGCAGGCACUGUAG